AUGCCGCAGCCUGCCAACGGUCGCUUCCACGAUGAGCACACCCCGCUCAUCGGGCGCACCCAGAACUACGAGGACGAGUCGCGCGUCAAGACGUUGCCCAAACACGUCUUGCAUUUGAUCUAUGCCACUCUCGCCAGCAACUAUGUCAACGUUCUAUUGGUCUUCGUCCCGCUUGGCAUCGUCGCCGGCGCACUCCACUGGAAUCCCACCGUCGUCUUCAUCCUCAACUUCAUCGCCAUCAUUCCUCUCGCCGCCCUAUUGAGCUUUGCUACCGAGGAGCUUUCUGCAAAACUCGGCCAGACGCUCGGUGGACUCAUGAAUGCGACAUUUGGAAAUGCCGUUGAACUCAUUGUGUCCAUCGUUGCGCUCAAGCAAGGUGAAAUCAGAAUUGUCCAGGCCAGUAUGCUUGGUAGCAUUUUGUCCAACAUCCUUUUGGUACUCGGAUGCUGCUUCCUCUCGGCCGGUAUCACCCAGCAUGAAAGCCGCUUCAACGAGACUGUCGCAUCUACCAUGUCCUCGCUCAUGGCUGUCGCAUCCGCUUCGCUCAUCAUUCCCGCUACACUAUACGCAGUCAUGCACGGCGACAACAAGAAGGACAACCUCGAGACCGAUAAGAACAUCCUGGUUCUUUCCCACGGUACCGCCAUCAUUCUGCUCAUCCUCUACGUCCUAUACCUCUACUUUCAGCUCUACUCGCAUCACAACCUCUUUGCCGACGUCGAGAACCAGGAGGGUGGCGAUGAGGAGGAGGAGGCCCAGAUUCUCUCGCCAACAUCCGCCGGCGUCGCACUUGUCAUUGUUACCGUUCUUGUUGCUAUCUGCGCCGAGUUCCUCGUUGACAGUAUCGACUCAAUCGUUGAAUCCGCACACAUCAGCAAAACAUUCGUCGGUCUAAUUUUGAUACCCAUCGUUGGAAACGCCGCAGAACACGUAACAGCUGUUGUCGUCGCAUACAAGGGCAAGAUGGACCUCGCUAUCAACGUCGCCAUCGGUUCCUCGAUGCAAAUCGCCCUCUUCGUCACACCUUUCCUCGUCGUUCUCGGAUGGAUCAUGCACCAGCCGAUGACCCUCCACUUCCAGGGUUUCGAGACUAUGAUCUUCUUCAUCUCCGUUCUAAUCGUCAACUACCUGAUCCAAGACGGAAAGAGCAACUACCUCGAAGGUGCCAUGUGCAUUGGUAUCUAUGCCAUUAUCGCGCUCGCCUUUUACAUCUACCCCGACGACGCAGCCGGUAAUAUCACCGUCGAAGUCGUCAAGCGUUUCUUCGCUGCCCACUAGACAGGACAUACCUGUUUGCCAGGGGUUGGUAAAUGUGCGAGCUUUGCGCGCACGCUGAGCGGCGCCAAAUCUUCGUUUCCUAUGUACAUUGUAUCUAACCCUAGGUGAUAAUUCGCGUAAGCCAGGGUCCCCCAAUACCCCUUGUCCUAUUUGUUGGUUAUUUCCUAGGCUAUGUUGUUCCUGUAUGAGUAUCUGUGGGGUGGUGCAG